AUGCCUACGACAGUCCAACCCUCCAUCACAGCUCACGUCCAUCCUCUCGUCUUACUUUCAGCGACUGAUCACUAUAACCGAGUUGCCAAAGAUACAAAAAAGCGUGUUGUUGGUGUGUUGCUAGGUCAAAAUAAAGGAAAGACUGUAAACAUUUCAAACAGUUUUGCAGUUCCCUUUGAGGAAGAUGAAAAAGACCCUUCUGUUUGGUUCUUGGAUCAUAAUUAUGUUGAAGCAAUGAACGAUAUGUUCAAAAAAGUAAACGCAAAGGAAAAGUUAAUCGGAUGGUAUCAUAGUGGACCCAAGCUUCGUUCUUCUGAUUUGGAAAUUAAUGAACUCUUCAAAAGAUAUACACCUAACCCUGUGCUCGUGAUUAUCGAUGUAAAGCCCAGUGAUGAGGAAAUACCAACAGAUGCUUACUUUGCUAUUGAAGAAAUCAAGGACGAUGGUACGACAACUACCAAGACAUUCAUGCACGUUCCAUCGGAAAUUGUAGCUGAGGAAGCUGAAGAGAUUGGUGUUGAGCAUCUGUUAAGAGAUAUCAAGGAUAAUGCAGUUGGUACACUAUCCACACGUAUUUCUUCUCAGUUAGGAUCACUAGGCGGAUUGCAAGGUCGACUUGAAGAGAUCCGUAAUUAUCUUCAAAAAGUAGUGAGUGGAAAGUUGCCUGUCAAUCAUCAAAUCAUUUAUAACCUUCAAGAUAUGUUCAAUUUGCUACCCAACUUGGAAAAUCAAGAGAUGGUCAAAUCAUUUAGCACAAAGACAAAUGAUCAAUUGCUGUUAAUAUACUUGUCAAGCAUGAUUCGUGCUGUUAUCGCUCUUCAUAACUUGAUUGACAAUAAAAUCGAAAAUCUCAAAGGCGAAAAUAACUUACAAGAAGAACAACAACAGCAACAACAAGAAGAAACUAAGGAAGACAAAACAAACGAAAAGAAUAGUAGCCAAGAUAGUAUGCAGAUUGAAUAA